CACCACGUACUACAGCCAAUAUAUCAGUUGUUAUGUUUGCAACCGACUCCAAGUCAAUUUCAACAGUUGCAACAACACCAUAUGACUCCAAUUCACAGAGCCACAGCAGCACUUCUGAAUCUUUAAGCAAUGCCUUCUUCCCAGAGAAAAAAAUUCAAAGCUGCAAGAAGAACGACAACUGCUACAGCAAACUCAGAAAUUCGUUUAGCGUUCUUUGCAGUAUGAGUGAGCCUCACGUUGAGUUCCCUCAUAGAGUUAACAACCUACCUCCAAAAAGAGAGCGGGCACCGAGCAAUGUGCUUCCGAUGCUCUUGCUGGAGGUGGUGGUGUGGCACUUGCUGAAGGGGGACUCUGGUGGAGCUGUGGCUUCCUAGAGCCAAAGCUGCAGCACUAGAUGGAGCUAAGGACUCGAGAGGAAGCUCAGUGAUUGCCUCUUACUGGAUUUCUGAGUUGUGUAUUGUUUUGCCACCAACUAGAAUUUCACACAUCACUGAAUUUUCUGAAUAUGUAGGAGUAUACGCUAGGGAGGAACUGGUGUCUAUAGAAGAAAAUACCUUUUUGCAUCUGCUGAAUUAAUAAGGUGCAGAUUGCUUU